GUCGUCCUCUUCUCGUCCUUCAGAAUGGGAUUUUGACGGUCAGGCGCCUGGAAAUGGAGCGCGGUAAAUGCCGAUUUCCGAAAAGGGUUUGCUCGACGGCCCAUUGCAACGGGAAGAUCUACGCCAUUGCAGCUCCGUGAGGUUUGGGGGUUUUCGAUCCCAACGAUUCUUCCCCAAAAAAUCGUCGUAAUCCCUUCGUUGAAGUUCGGAUAGGAUAUCUUGUGGAGACGAUCGGAAAUCUCGUGGUCUUCGUCAAGGGCAGUUCUUACGGUUUGGAAGAGCUUCUCGAUCGGUGACGGUGAUUUCGCUGGCUGUAAGGAAAACUGCAUCUAUUACCUCAAUGCUUGCUAUGGUCCAUGGAGAUUAGGGUUGGAAGCUUGGCGGGGACGAUGAUGUGGCCCUGUGCUGCAUUCAGAGCAGUAAGGUUACAAUUAUUCCAUUCGAGAUGGAAGAUAAAGAUCUGAUGUGGAAACAUACUUUGUGGAUUAAGCCUACUCUGUGGAAGUAUUGAGUGAAACAGAAAUGGACUCUCAAGAGAAGGAGAUGGAAGACGACAACGGAACAUCGAUCAGCGUAGACCGGCGAAUAAUCCCAAAGUCGGAGCCGUUAGAGACGAUCGAAACCCCGCUUCCGAUCGUCCAGAUCCCGGCGAAGCGCAGCAAGGAUCGCCACACGAAAGUGGAAGGAAGAGGACGAAGGAUCCGGAUGCCGGCUGCCUGCGCGGCGCGGAUCUUUCAGCUGACACGCGAGCUGGGCCAUAAAUCCGACGGCGAAACCAUCCGAUGGCUUCUCCAGCACGCGGAGCACGCUAUCUUCGCCGCGACGGGGACUGGAACUAUCCCCGCGAUAGCUACCAACGUCAAUGGAACCCUAAAGGUUCCCACGGAGGCACCGGCUGCUGCUUCAAUCUCGCAGGCGGAGGAUGACGCCGGAAAGAAGAGGAAAAAACUGCAGCCGAUGAGAGGGUCCGAUAGGCCACUGAUCCCUUCCGGAGGGGCGAUUUCGAUUCCAGCAGGGUUAGCGCCGAUUACGCCUAUGUGGGCGAUCGCCGGCGGCGGCGCUGCGAUGGUGGCGCCGGGGGCUGUGUGGAUGUUGCCGUCGAGUCAGAUGUGGGGGUUUCCGGCCGGAAGUAUGAUAGUCGGCGGCGGGCAGGAAGAUGGUUCGCCGACGGCGGCAGGCGGGAAGCAGGAGUUGCAGUUGAUGAGGGAGACGGCUGAAACGCAAGAGGAAGGUAGGGAAGAGGAGGAAGUAAGUAGGGGACCUCCAUCUGAAAAAGUACCAGAUAAGUAGGGAUUUUUUUUAUUUUUAUUUUUAUUUUUUUUGGCAAUUUUACUGAAAAUCGCUAAUUAUCUGGUAAUAUCAGAUCAGUUAUGUCUAGUCUAAUUUAGAAUUUCAUGGAUUCUCGAAAUGGUUAACCAUUAAUUUCGUGUUUUUUUCUGGGAAAAAAAAA